AUGCUCAGCGGCAGCAUGCAGCUCCUCCACGCCCUCACUAUUUUUUUUUCACUACCUCAGUUUGCGACAUUGGUCUCAGCAGAGAGCACAAACCCCUCUGCGGAUUUUGAAUCCAAAGAGGCUGAUACUCCAUCACUUCCAGCAAAACUCAUCCUACAGCGCAAUGCCGCGAUAUCAUCCCAGCUCGCAGCAGGGCCAGCCUUCGGGGUGAAGAAAAUGAGCGACGACGAAGGCGAGAAAUUCUUCCUCCACUACUGGAGUUUCGGAGAUGACUUUUCGUCAAGUAAUAUCUCCGAGCGACACCUUUCCGAUGAAGACGGAUUUUCCCCCGCGCGCUUUGUGGCCCAAUCAUACCCAUUUGGACCAUCGUAUUCCUUGGGCACAGAUGGGGAUAGUGAAUUGUUUCCCCAGAACUACAAUGAUAGCGCAAACAAUCUGUUUGAGAAACGAGACUUCAAGUGCCCGACUGGGACAACAUCGUGCACAUCCAUCGGUCGAUCUGAUCGCUGCUGUGCAUACAUUAGUGUGGUUACGGUGACUGUUCAUUCGACCGUGGUGUUGUCUACUGUGACCUACUCGACCAAACCGCAGGAUAGCACUUCCACCUCCACUCCCUGCUCUUCUCCGACGACUUCUUCCCAUCGCAGCAUAUCCACAACAGACGAAAGUCUGGCACCGCCAGCACGGCCUACGAGCCUUUCAACAGAAACCAGUAUCACCAGCGGCAAUGACGUGUGCCCGACUGGUUUCUACGCCUGCUCCGCCGUCUACCAGGGUGGUUGCUGUCGUACCGGCCGAGACUGCCACACGACCUCAUGCCCGACCACAUCUUCGACGACCAUGAUAUCAAACGGCGUAACGAUUGUAGCGCCCGUCGCGACAACGACGCACCGUUCUGGAGGAAACCAGUGCGCUCGGGGCUGGUUUCACUGUGCUGACACCGUGGGCGGAGGAUGCUGUCCCAUGGGAUUUGCCUGUGGUGCUAGCUGUACUGCACGGAACAUCGCGUUUGGGACGACUGUUGCCAAGGAACAAGCGACCGCGGCUAGCGGAGAUGGUGUGAUGUAUCGGGUUAGCGAAAAGAUGUUGGGGAUGAUGCUGGGAAUUAGUGUGGGAAUUUUGAUGUAA